UUAAUUACUAAACAAAAAAGAAGCGAAAAAUACUGGAAAAUACAUCAAUCAAUCUAUUUACUAAUCAUAAAAUUAUUAAUAAACAAUACCAUGGAAACUUAGAACUUUGGUUUAACUUAAUAUGCAUCAUAUUUGAAUGGAAUCAGUCAUCUUACUAGUUCCUAUAAUUGUCAAUCACCAAAAGGCGAAAAUGUUGCAAAACUCUCUGAAAAUAACCCAUUUUUUAAUGAUCCUCUUAUCAAUUCUCUUUUGAGUAAAUAUAAUCAUGUCUCUUAGUAAGGUGACAGCAGCAUUAGAAACCCAGAAAUUUCAUCAAUAUCUACUUAGUUGUCUCCAAAAAGCAACUAUUCUCCAAUAAUUUUUGGGUAGAAGCAAAUUUAAUUCUAAUAAUCUCCGCUUGAUACAAGCUAAACGAAGUACUCUGAUAUUCUUAGCGAAUAGGCAUCUAAUCAAAUUUUUAACUCUUACUAUUUGACAGAUGCUCAAUAUGCUAAUUCUUCACCUUAGAAAGAUGCUGAAAAAUAUAAAGAAGAGAUGUAAUAGCUAAAUAAAGAGAUAUUAAGAUUGAAAAGUGCCAACAACGAACUUACUCUGCAAAAUGAGUAGUUAAAUUAACGUGUGAAACAAAGUGAAGUAUAACAUAAUUUAGAUUAAUAAUCCAUAUUAAAAUACGAAAACGCGAUACUUGUCUUAGACUAAAAAGUUAAUUAGUUAGAAUUAAAUCUAAAAUAAAAGAACGAAGAAAUACUCAAUUUACAAGUAUCUAAGUAAAUAGCUAUAGAAUAAGAGUAAACUAAAUUAAACGCUGCAUUUUAAAUGGAAAAAUUAGCACUAAAUUAAGAAAUUCUAAAUUUAAAAAAUUCAAUUAUGAAGAAAAUUUAAAUGAAUAAUCCAGACCAUGAAAUGCACACAAAUUUAUACAUUGACUAAAGCACUGAAAAGGAUAAAGAAAUUUAGAGGCUCAAAUAAGAGUACGAAGAGCUAAAGAUAGAAAAUAACAUUUUAAAGGACGAGCUCAUCAAAAGAAUAGAAUUUUAAAACGAAAGCAAAGAUAUUUCUAAAAUGCAUGAAAUGUUAUCAUAAAAAAACUAAGAAAUAGAUCAGCUUUAAAAAAGUAUCUUGAUAAUUCACAGUCAAUUAGAGAUUUCUUAGUCUCAAACACAACUAAACAAAUCUCAAGUUAAUGCUGAAAUAAGAGAAUCCUUAUAGGAAUAAUUGACAGAAUAAUAAGAAAUGUUGUUGGACUAAGAAUAAACAAUUGAAUUGUUAAGGUCCUCUUUGGAUAAUUUAAACGAAAAAUGCAAGUAUUAAGAAGAAGAAUUGAGCAAAUGCACCAAAGAAAGGGAUGAGCUUAGAGAAAAAUAUGAUUAAAUGAAAGAAGAUAAUCUAGUAUUGAGAAUAUCUGUAUCUUGUAAAGAAAAGGAAUACUAAGAAUUAGCUUAACAAAUGUAAUAAAGCCAAAAUAAUAAAUAAAAUGUAGUUCAAAGGAAAAUAUUAACAGGUUCUCUUGAUUUAAGAGACUUACUAAAAUGA